AUGGCCACAAAUAGUCUGUCUGCAUGGCAUUUCUUCCUUUCAGUGCUUUAUUUGCUUACUCUACCUUACAAUUGUGAUCCCCUUACAGUUGGUGGAGACAGCAUCGCUUUGGGAGCUUCUCUCACUGGAAAUCAGAGGAUAGUUUCAAAGAACGGCACCUUCGAAUUGGGAUUCUUUUGUCUAAACGGAACAAAUAACUGGUACAUCGGCAUCUGGUAUGCCCAAAUGUCUGACAAGACUAUUGUUUGGGUGGCUCAUAGAGAGACUCCCAUCAGAAACAAGCCAGGCGUUUUGAAUCUAACAACUGACGGCUAUCUCAAACUGUAUGAUUCAGAUGGACGAUCAAUAUGGUCAACAAGAAAGAACCAGAAAGCUGUAGCCUCCAGAGCUAUGAUAUUGGAUUCUGUUAGUUUUGUUAUGUUGGGCGCAAACAACAUAUCUGAAAUUGUUUGGGAGAGUUUCUUGUAUCCAGGAGACACAUGGUUGUUGGGAAUGAAGAUGUGGAAAGGCAUGAAGCUAACUUCUUGGAAGAGUUCGUUGGAUCCAGCACCUGGGCCCUUCUCUUUAGGAAUGGAUCCAGCCCCCGACAAGACGCACGGAGACUGGGUUGGUGACCAUUUCAGUGGUAUGCCAGAUAUGCAGAAUAAAUACGAAUCUGAAAUUCUUAGAACGCCCUUUGUAAGGAUUUCUCCAACAAAGAUGUACUUCACGUAUAUUCAGAUAACAAAAUUUGAUAGUGUCAUGCAGCGUGUAGUCCUGUACAAAACUGGAGAUGUACGAGCUUACUAUCGAAUUCAUAAUAACAGCUGGAUUAACAUCUGCGGAUGCCUUCGCAAUAGCUUUCUCCACUGCUCUCCUACCAACGGCACCACAGAUGGAUUCGUGCAAAAGAGUGACAUAGCCUUAGCAGAGAAAGAAGCUGUUCCAUAUUCCCAAUACCCAUCUCUAUCAGCAUGCAGAGCUGCAUGUCUGGAAAAUUGUUCCUGCACAGCCUUCGAUCUCACUAAUUCUACUCUUCCCAUUUGUAGAAUGUGGUUUGGGGAUCUGUUCAAUAUUCGCGUUGCAUCAAACAGCCAGCCUGUCUUCCUUCGCAUGGCUGCUUCUCAGUUGGGACAGUCCAUAUCCAGUGGAGGAAAAAAUCAGGGACGUGUCCUAUUGAUUUCGCUUCCCGUCGGUGGUGUUUUCGUUCUUGUUUUUGCUUUCCUUGUUAUAAUCUUUCUUCGGCGGAGGCGUGGAAUAGUGGGUAAGGGAGGAGAUUCGGAAGCUGACCUGCCUGCUUCCCUGAGAACAUUCACUUACAAGGAGCUCCGAAUUGCAACCAACAAUUUCAGAGAUAAGUUAGGGAAAGGAGCCUUUGGCUCUGUAGAAAAACAGUUUCGUGCAGAAAUAAGCACCAUCGGAAACAUACAGCAUGUCAAUUUGGUCCAGCUUUGUGGAUUUUGCACGGAAAGAUCUCAAAGGUUGCUAGUUUACGAGUACAUGCCCAAUGGUUCUCUCAAUUCUCUUCUCUUCGCUGGAUCACAAAGGCUGUUGGAUUGGAAGACACGGUUCGAGAUCGCUUUAGGCAUUGCCAGAGGCUUAGUUUAUCUCCACGAGGAAUGCAGAGAUCAAAUCAUUCACUCCGAUAUAAAGCCUGAGAACAUACUUCUGGAUAGCGAUUUCAGCGUAAAAGUGGUUGAUUUUGGGUUUGCAAAGUUGGUGGGAAGAGAUUUCAGCAGGGUUUUGACAAGCAUGAGAGGAACUCGAGGUUACAUCGCUCCCGACUGGAUCGACGGCUUAGCAACUACUUUCAAGGCAGACGUGUACAGCUUCGGCAUGAUGGUGUUGGAGAUAAUAUCGGGUCGAAGAAAUGUGGACAUGAGCGUGAAGGAACAGACUAAGCAGUACUUUCCCUCAUGGGCUGCAGCUCAACUUCAAAAGGGAAACUUGAUGAGUAUUGUGGACGAAAGAAUUGCAGAGCAUGCAGAUGUUGAGGAUGUGAGAAGAGCUACGCUUGCAAGCUUGGUAUGCAUUGCACAGGAUGAGAAUGAGAGGCCAAGCAUGGCUCAAGUUCUCCGGAUGCUCCAAGGAAAGAUGGAGGCUGAUACACAGCAAGGUGUUCUUAAAGUUAACACUUGA